GUGACUUUUUUCCCCCCAGCCAUGUUUUUUGACAGCUCCUAUCUUCAUUCUUGUUGGGUGUGUACGAAACGCAAGCUUGGCUCCACAAUCGCUAUUUUGAAUGUAAAAUCGGCCCCAAGUGAUGCUAAAAUAGCCCCAAACUUUACAACAUGGAGUCCUCACCACCCCAAAUGCGCGAUUUCUCCGAAUUCUGCGAACAAUUACACGAAAUCGAGUGCCAUGUUUUUUGACAGCUUCUAUCUUCAUUCUUGUUGGGUGUGUACGAAACGCAAGCCUGCCUCCACAAUCGCUAUUUUCAAUGCAAAAUCGGCCCCAAGUGAUGCUAAAAUAGCCCCAAACUUUACAACAUGGAGUCCUCACCACCCCAAAUGCGCGAUUUCUCCGAAUUCUGCGAACAAUUACACGAAAUCCGUUUAAAAUUCCACAAAUGGGACAGUUGCGAACGCACCGUCGCCCUCUACUACCUCAUGACGGGGCUGCCGUUCGCCAACGCCCGCUUCCUGCAACACGCCUUGGAACAAUGCAUCGCCUCGGCCUCCACCCCCGAGGCCCAAGCCCUCGAACGCAACGCAAACAACUCGGUGUUCGUGGCGCGCCUCCUCAUGGAGCACCCCCAAAACGCCCUCGGCCUCCUCCUCACGCACCUCCCGCUCCUCAAGCCGGGCAACAAGGAGGCCGCCAACUCGUAUCUGGUGACAAUAAGACGCCUCCUCGCCGAAUUCAUCGCCCCCCCAUGCAAGAUCUACAACGAGUGUGUGGAAAUCAUGUCGUAUGUUUUCAUACAUCCCGCGUUUGAUAAGGAAGAUAAGAGGGGUUUUAAGCACUUGUUAAAGCAGGUUUUGAAUCGGGUCAGUCCCGAGAAUUUUAUACACGAGUCCAGUGACGAGUCGUCAAGUCCUGAAAACACGGAUUUGGGGCGAGGGGGGCGCAGGUCGAAUAGUUUGACCACGCAAACCAGCUCACAUGAGAGUUUGAGGGAGGUUUGGUCCUCACAAGAGAAUCUCUCACAACCGCCCCCAAAACCUAGGAGUUAUUCAUUGUCGAAUGAUAAAACUCUUGUUAAUUUAACAACGUUGCAAUCGAGUAGUUCGGAGACUAGACUACAAGAUUUGCAAAUUUUGAGUAAUUUACCUGUAAUGAAGAGUAUUUUAUCGUGGCUGAAAUCAUUAAGACUGCAUAAAUAUAGUUGGGUGUUUCAUAACCUCACUUAUCAACAAAUGUUGGAUUUAUCUGAUGAUACAUUACAAGCGAUUGGUAUUACGAAAGGGGCCAGACAUAAGUUAUUAUUAAGUAUUGCUAAACUUAAAGAACGUAGUACAAUGUUGACUGAACUUGAGACUGAAGUUAUGAAUGGUGGUGAUCUUAAUUUGGCUUUAAAAAAACUUAAAAGUGUUUUACAAACACCAUUACAAGUCACAAGUGGAGAGGAUUUACCUUCACAAUUUGUCAAAGUUAUGGGAAAAGUGUGCACACAACUUUUAAUGUUGAGACAACCAUCCGAUGAAUGUUUGAUGCUUUUUGUUAAUCUUUGUGAACGUUCGGAUGGUUUAGAAGCCUUCAGUGAUGACCAAAAACGAAGACUGAAUAUGUGGAAAGGGCAAUUGACUAAAGGCAAUCACGUGCCGGUGUAUACGCAAAAAAUGCAAGGCAACAAUUCGAGGUCCGGGUGGCAGUGCAAAAUGCCCCUGGCAACAUUCACUCAGGAGACCCAUACACAAAAAAGUUCAUCGUAUCCGAAUGUAAAAAACAGUACUACCACAACAACAACAAUAAAUCCUCAUAGACAUUCGGUGGGUAGUGUAACGUUUCGUAAAGAUUUAUAUCCGGUAGUAAAAAGUGUCGAAAUGUUUAAAAAUCAUCAUCCAUCAUCGGAGAAAAAUAGCAAUAAUAAUAAUAAUAAUAGUCAGUUUCAUGUACGUUUUGAAGAUAGCGAAAGUGAUCGAAAUAAGAAAAUAAAAAAUACGGAUAUCGAAAAUAGUCUAGAAUCUCUAUGUUUGCAAAUGAUGGAACAUGCACUUGGGCCUUAAUAUUGCAAAAUUUAAUUGUGAUUAUUUUUUAUUUUUUUUAUUAUUAUUUUAUUCGUACUGUCGGCCUAGUUUGACUAAUUUAUACUUUUUUAGCUUUGUGUGUUAGAAUCGUAUUAACUGCUGGCAGAUUUAUAGUGUUUUAUUGUGAUUUUUGUUGAGAUGAAAUUAUUUGAUAUUUAAAAAAAAAAAAGGGUUUCUCCUAUUUUAAGACUGCAUUAUUAUAUUUUUAAUAAUUUCGCGCCAAAAUUUGUAUUCGUGACAGUUAGUUUGAUAAACUAAAACGUUUUUACAUGCAAAAUUUUUGGAAAAGUUUGUGGAAUUGUGCAUGUUGUGAUUGUCUAUGUGUGAUACAAGUUAGCCAAAAAAACGGCGAAAACUGAAGCAAAAGACUGAUUUCUAAAUAAAAAAUUGAAACGAAACUGGAUUUUAUUUGAACCCAAAUAAA